AUGUACUGGAUCGGGACACUUUUUAUCAUUAUAGCAAUAUUCUAUGAUAAUACAGCGAAUGGAAUAGAUAUAGGUUAUCCAACAGUAGCCCAAGCUGGUUUUCAUCAUAAUGCAUUACUCUACAUUGAUGGGGAUCAUUCGCCAGAAAAAUUAAUGUUAUGGCUAACAGGCUCAUAUGAAUUUAUCGAGUCUCGUAAUGUUAUUUUCGAUACAAUUACACUAAUUGCUGAAAAUACACUGUCAGGUGCUUCAACGGCAUAUUCAACCAAUAAACAAGAUUGGAUGUGGCUUCUUGAAACAAAACUUUUUAGUACAUAUGGUGUUCUAUCGAAUUUGACGCACGCUCUGAAUCAAUUAGACAAGAUAAAUAAAACAUUGCAAGUCAUUAUCAUGAUCCCAUAUAUCGAUUCAAUUGGACAACAGAAUUUUUCACUAAACAUGGAACUUAUCUCUUCAAAAUCAUCGUCAACAAGCUAUCCAAUGUCUGGUUAUGCAUUUGCUUCACCAUUAAUGCAAGGAACAUUUAAUGCUGGCCGACUACGUGCGACUGCUAAACUUGCUCAACAGUAUGGUUUAGGUGUCGAAAUAGAAAGUCAUCAAGGAUCAAGUACAGACUACGAAAUAGCACUUUUACAAAAUUAUUUAGCACAAGGUUACAUUGAUGGCUAUCAAUAUGUACCAACUGCUUAUUUUCUUGGUAACUAUGAAAGUGUAGCUCGAUCGCAAAAAGCUUGUGAUCUUCUGCAAAAGUAUACAUCUAGCAUUUGUAUUGAACCAACAUUUAUUUCGAAUGCAAAAUGGUCCUGGACAAAAAAUCCGAUUAUUCAAGCAAAAAUCGGCGUAUCAUCGGAUAUGAGACCCAGUGGUAUUCGAAUUAAUUGGUCGCCCAAACACAAAUAUUGGUUUGGUCGAGUUGUAGUGGAAGGCGCGAAAACUAGGCGCGAUGAAGAUUGGCCAAGUACAUUAUUACCAUUUUCAUUGUUACCAUUAGAAAAAAUCCUAUCGAUUCGAGUAGUGUUUAUUGGUUCGAGUUGGUUACCUUCACUUGCUAAUGAAGAUCUUAUUAUUGAACAAAUACCCAACGGUAUUGCACUUCAAGCGAGUACCGGUGCUCCAUAUCGUAUAUCACCUUCAAUGUUUUCUUAUAAUCCUCAAUAUGGUGACACAACAAUGAAAACUUUGUCAAAUUUUAGUCGUGGUUUACUCACUGAUGAUCAAUGGUCAAAUGGCCAAUGGGAACCAACAAUGUCUGUUGACUGGUUGGACAAUACCUAUACUCAUUCCUAUAUACGCAUAGCACUCGAUUUUACGGCUAUAAUGAAUAUCAAUGAAAUUAUAGUUCGUUUACAUGGUGGUUCAUAUGGAUCUAUUAAUUGGCCUAAUACGGCGCGUCUACUUGUUAGUUCUGAUUGUGUACCAUUUUCAUCGUAUAGUUCAUCUGAUUGUACUGUAAAAAGUUAUCCAUGUACCGAUCGUAUUAUAACUGGUAGUAAAAACACUGAUCAAGGAGGUUUGUUAUUGUUUAAAGUUUCGAGUUCUUUUCGUUGGGCAAAACUCGAAUUUCAACCAAAUGCUUGGCUUAUGAUUGACGAAGUACAAGCAUUUGUUAAUGGAAAUGAUAUUUCACAUUUAGUUAAUUAUUAUUUUCUUACACCACCGACUUCAAAACCAGUAUCCUCAAGUGACGGUGCUUAUCUAGACGAUGGCGUUCGUCUUAAUGAUGGCGCCAUAGCUGGUGUACUCGGUCCAAUUACAGGAUGGAUGAAAAGUGAAUUACGUACGAUUACGAUUGAUUUAUUAAUCAAUGGAAAUAUUCGCGAAACAUCUGUUUGGGCAUUAAUUAAACCUGACUGGGCGAUUAGUCCACCACGAUCGGUGAUAGUCAGUACGAGUUUAGAUGGUAUCAAAUGGAUAUUAUUUGGUCAACAAGGACAAAUGCAAUUAGGCGAACGUAUGUUAGAUGCUCAACAUUUAUUUAUUACUACUGCAAAUUCAACUCUGACUCGAUAUAUAAAAUUUGAUUUUGUUAUCGAUGAGGUAUCACCAGGAUGGUGGACUAUGGUACCUGAAUUAACAGCUACAAAAAAAUUAGUCUUAUUGUUUCUUUUUAUUUAA